AUGGAGGCGCGGCGCAGCCCGGCGCCGUGCGGGGCCAGGCGCGGCUGGCCGCAGCUCGGGCCGUCCAUCAGCGCCUCGCGGCGGCGCCCCGCCCCGCCGCAGGUCGCGCCCCGCCGCGCCUCCUCGCCCGGAGCAAAUCUGGCGCCCCACGGGCCGCGGUCCGCGCCGCUAAUGUGGAUUGCAAAUGCGGCGGCGUCGAGAGCGGGCGUCGCGACGCCGGCGUCGCGUACUAUUGGCCGGCCGGGCGUCGCGACGCUGCGCAGCGCAGACCAGCGCGACGCGGGCGCCGCAUUUGCAAGUCCAACGGAAGCGGCCGGCCGACCAGCAGCCGUGUAUAAUGUUUUAGGGGCUUCGUGCGGCGCCCAUUGCUCCUCCCUUUACACUCUUCAACCCCCCACUCCCAGCCGCCCGCCUCCUCUCUUCCACGGCAAGAAAAUCUUCUCCUGCUCUCCCAUGCCACCAGCGUGGUCGCCGCAGUAG